AUGGAAUCAGUAGAAAAGGAGGAGGAAGAGACAGAAAGAGAUGAAAGCCCUAUCCAAGUAGAAGACAGAGACGUAUGCACUAAGCGAAAUGAUAUGAAUCAAGAGUUAAAAAAUAUUUUAUCAAAAGUAUUUGUAAAUGCUUCACUAGAGUAUUAUGAUGAAAUGGAAAAGACUUAUUAUUCGGCUAAUUUUCUAACUGUAUGUUUUAACUGUGGUUCAUCUGAAUAUAUUACGCCUGUACCUGAAAAACAAUAUCCUUACUGUGAAGCGUACACCACAGAUCUAAACGUAUCGAUUAAAACAGAUAAAGGAUUAAAUUUUUCGGAUAGUACUCAAUCUCGGAGACUUCAGAGCAAAAGAAAAGGGAAAAAAGUGAGAAAAGAUUGA